GGCAGGAUAUAAAGCUAACAAGUGCUCAGCCCAGACUGCAGCCCCAGAUCUCUCCGUAACUCUGCAGGGUCGUCCGGACAACCAGCUGCUCAGCCUGUCAGCAUCUGGUACUACAAUCUGCGCUCAACAUCAGGAGCCAUGGCAGUGAGAAGAGCCCUAAUUGUAUUGGCCCAUGAGGAGAAGACUUCAUUCAACUACGCCAUGAAGGAGGCUGCCGUAGAGGCUCUGAAGAAGCAAGGUUGGGAAGUAACUGAAUCCGACCUCUAUGCUAUGAACUUUAACCCCAUCGUUUCCAGAAAGGACAUCACAGGUAAGCCGAAGGACCCCGAAAACUUUCAGUACUCUUCAGAGACAGCUCUAGCCUAUAAGGAAGGCCGCCUGAGCCCAGACAUUGUGGCUGAACAGAAAAAGCUGGAAGCUGCAGACCUCGUGAUAUUUCAGUUCCCCAUGUAUUGGUUUGGAAUGCCUGCCAUUCUGAAAGGCUGGUUUGAUCGAGUGCUUGUGGCAGGAUUCGCCUACACAUAUGCCACCAUGUAUGACAGCGGUCCUUUCCAGAAUAAGAAGGCCUUGCUUUCCUUCACCACUGGGAGUAGCGGCUCCAUGUUCUCUCUUCAGGGUAUCAAUGGGGACAUAAACAUCACCCUCUGGCCACUUCAGAAUGGCAUCCUGCAUUUCUGUGGCUUCCAGGUCUUGGAACCACAACUGGCGUACGGCGUUGGCCACACCCCACCAGAUGCUCGGAGGCAGAUCCUGGAAGGAUGGAAGAAGCGCCUGGAGACUAUCUGGGAGGAGAAGCCACUCUACUUUCCUCCAAGCAGCAUGUUUGACCUCAACUUCCAGGCAGGAUUCUUACUGAAAAAAGAGAUUCAAGAGGAGCAGGAAAAGAACAAAUUUGGCCUUUCUGUGGGCCAUCACUUGGGCAAAUCCAUUCCAACUGACAACCAGAUCAAAGCUGGAAAAUAAGACUUUUUUCCCCCCUAAUAU